UACUCAAGCCUUUCAGAGUCACACCCGUCCUGCUAGCAGGGGACAAAGAAAGAAAGAGCCCUUUAUCCAGUAAAGUGAACAGCUCCACUGAGAUUCAGAAAAGGAGUCACUUUUCCUCUACAAACCUGAACGCAUGAAGCACUUUUGAAAGGCAGUAGACCACCUCUGCUCUUAUAGUGAAGACUGUUGGUAAAGAAACAAACUACAUGCUAUGGCAUUACCGCGAGACUCGGACAGGGAGCAGGUGGUCCCGGAGGAAGAGGACACUGCAGAUGUGCGGUCUGUGCAGGCCAGGUACCUCCGCAGCCCCUCUCCGAGCCGGUUUUCAGUUAUGUCUGACACCGAUACAGAGAGCAUCUUUAUGGAGCCAAUCCACCUUUCCUCUGCAGUGGCUGCCAAACAGAUCAUAAAUGAAGAGUUGAAACACAAGGAGGUGAAAGUGGAGGCGAUGCCGGAGCAGAUGAUGGAGUCUGCAGAGCAGCUGCUGGUGGAGGACCUGUACAAUCGAGUGAAGGACAUGAUGGACGACAACAGCAAGUUCAACACCCCGUGCGUCCUGGACAUCCAGAGGGAGCUGACACAGGACAAACUGGAGGCCCCCAAGAACCCUGUCGAUGAGGUGUGGCCCAAUGUUUUCAUAGCUGAAAAGAGUGUUGCUGUGAAUAAAGCCCGUCUAAAGAGGUUAGGAAUAACCCAUAUCCUGAAUGCUGCCCACGGCACUGGCGUUUACACAGGACCUGACUUCUACACUGGCUUGGACAUACAGUACCAAGGCAUUGAGGUUGAUGACUUCCCAGACGUGGACAUAUCCAAGCACUUUCGCCCAGCUGCGGAGUUCUUGGAUGAAACUCUUUUGACAUGCAGAGGCAAAAUCCUUGUGGACUCUAUGAUGGGAGUGAGUCGAUCGGCUGUCCUAGUAGCUGCUUACCUGAUGAUCUUCCAUCACAUGACUAUCAUGGAGGCGCUUAUGACUAUCAGGAAGAAGCGCCCUAUCAACCCGAAUGAGGGCUUCCUGAAGCAGCUCCGGGAGCUGAACGAGACCCUCCUGGAAGAACGGACAGCUGAUGACGACAGCGACACUCUCAGCCAGAGCUCAGUCAUUGAGGCUAAAACCCACUCAAUCAUGGCAGAGGAAGAGGAUUCAGGGAGCGUGAUGGGAGCUAAAGUCCACUCGAUCAUGGUGGAGGAAGAAGACGACAUGAGCACCAUGAGCAGCGUCAUGAGCUCAAUCGCCAAGGCCAGCGUAGCUUCCAAAAGACCCACCCUCAUUGACGAGGAUGAGGAGGAUGAGCUGUAUGCAGAAUGGCGAAAAAAGCAAGGCCUGCCCCCCAGCGAGCCACAAAGGCACGACAAUGAAAGCAAGCUAUCUAAGCUUCCUGAACAAGAAGAGGAGGAGGAUGUGGAGCAGAUGAUAAGGGAAUGGCAGAGCAGAAAUGAAAGAUACCAGUCUGAGGACUGGUGGCAGUCUCAGCUCAUGAGCGAAGAUGAACAGUCCCUCCUUGGAGGAAAGGCGUUUUCCAUCAGCGACCGGGGUGACUUGGAAAGCGUGAACAGCCUUGACAUCCGCACCCUAAAGGAACGUCUGACAGCCAGUGGUAUAGGCCGGGUCCGCAGUGAUUCCAUCUCCACUGAAGACAGCUCAGCAGACUUGUGGACCCAGAGACUGAGGGAGAUCGAGGAUCAAGCUGCAGCACGGUAUGCUAGGGAUGGCCAAAAGGGCAAGGAUUCCUCUGAAAAUGUGAGAAAGGAAAAAGACAUUGAUGAGGAAAGCCUCUUCUCACAAACAAGCUCUUUGUAUAACUUUUGCAAAAAGAACAAAGAUAAGCUCACCCCCCUGGAAAGGUGGAAGAUCAAAAGGAUCGAGUUUGGAUGGAAUAAAAAAGAUGCAGAGUCUGCAGGAGGCAAAAAGACAGACGGCAGUGGAGAACAAGCAGAAGGAGAAGAAAACACACCAGUGGGUGAGGUCAAUCUGUCAGCCUACCAGAAUUGGAAGCUUAAACACCAGAAGAAACUGGGCACUGAAAACAAAGAUGAAAUUGUGGAGCUUGGCAAGGGUGAAGACACUGCUUCAGUCAAGAGGAAGCAAAGACGGGAAGAGAUCUUAGAACGUUCCAGAAAGACCCUGGAGGAGAGCCAGUCCAUGUGUGGAUGGGAGACAGAGAGCUCAUUGAGUGGGAGCAUCCCACUAUCUGCCCUCUGGCCCAACAUGUCAGCCAAGAGUGUAAAUGAUGAUACUGCUUCAAUGUUAAGCAUGCAAAGUAACAGAUCGUCUGUUUCAAGAAGUACUCAAGGUCUGCCCCAAGCACCUAUGAUUCCUUUGCCAAAUAUUCAGGUAGGCAGUGAUGACACCAUUUCCUUAGCAAGCAUUCAGAACUGGAUUGCCAAUGUAGUUACUGAGACCAUAGUACAAAAGCAGAAUGAGUUGUUGAUGCAAGGUAGCAUGCCUCCAUCACGCAGUCCAUCAGUUAUGAGCAUGGGCUCAAGAACAGGCACUGUUGGGAAAAACAUAGAUGAUGAUAAGGCAUCUCUUCUGAGCAUGCAGAGUGGGGUAUCUUAUGCAAGUUCUUUACUUCGUCAGAAGGAUAUGCAAAGCACUGACACCCAGUCGGUCAUAUCAUGUGGCAGCUGGUCUGAAGGUUUUGGCUCCAAACAGAAGAUCACACGUACCAGCAAGCCCCUCUACAGCCUGUUUGCAGAUGAUAUUGACCUAAAGAAACUGGACACAAAGGAAAAAGAAAUGAAAUCUGAGAUGAGAGGAAAAAUGUUUGAGUACAAGAAAGAAAAAAUCGCUGCAGACAACAAGCGCAGUACUUUGUUCAAGAAAAAGAAGGCUAAAGAUGACAGUGAGGACGAGGACGACCUCACUGGAACAUCUGGAAGAUACUCCUAUAAGAACCCUGAUAAAGCUGAUACUGCGUCCAGUAUUUCAGGACGAUAUUCCAGCUUGGGCACAGAUGGCUCAGACAGAAUAAACAGCAUUGACAAAUGGCUCAGCGAUGUGAAAGCUACCUCUUCUAAAUCUUCAAAUUCUACCACAAAUGAAAGCUCUGAUUCUAAGUUCACCAGGUCAUCGUAUCUCAAAGAGGAUACUGCCGGAUCAUCGGACUACAAGUUCUCCAGACGCAGAAUGGAUCCCUCUGAAAAAUCACAAAGCCCAUACAGCAGUCAUGAAGAGGGCUACAGGAGCAAUUCAAGGUUCUCUGCUUCAGCUCACAUGACUGACACAAAGACAUACUCAUCCAGAAGGUUUACUUCUGAUGAUCCAGACAUCUACGGAAAAACAAGUCCGGAACCUUAUGUCUACAGACAGUCAGCAUCCGAAACUGAACCGUCAUGUAACGGCAUGUCUGAGACCCUGAACAGAAGAACACGGCCACUCCACUGCUCUGAUGAAGUUUUAGAAGAUCAAGACCACUCUGAAUUUGGACCGAAAAGAAAAUUCACCCAGAGUUUUUCACGGUCAAAAGAAAAUGAAGAAGAAGUAAAAAGAAGCAGCAGUGAUGAGGAAGAUUUAUCAGUAACCAGAAGGUCUAGGUUAAGACGAAGACCCAAAGAAGAGGAGGAGUUAGAAGGUGAUAAUAAUGAUGAUGAUGAUGAUGAUGAUGAUGAUGCUAUCAUUGCUGCUUGGAAGAGUCGCCAGGAAUCAAGAUCAAGGGUUCAGGGAAGAAAAGAAGUUUAACUAGCUGUCUUUUUGAGGAGAUUAUUCAUGUCUACUUUUUUAUUUUAAAAUACAGCUAAUCCCUAUAAACCCGUACCAUAGUAAUACUGUGGUUUUAAGAUUAUGGUAGCUGAUUUGGUACUGUAUGACAGCACUAAUUGGCACACCAUGAAUGGUGUAUAAAUUAUCACAGUGUGCCUAACAAGUGGUAAUAGUGUUGCUAAAAACAGUAUAAAUUGGCUGUACCACAUAAAUAGUAAAUAAAGUACCUUGACAUGGAACUUUACCAUUUCUAAAAUCAAUGGUACAUGCUAAGGUAUUCUUUACAAGAGAAAUAAUUAAAUAUAGUCUCUGUACAGUUUCGAACACCAUAUUAAAUAAAUUAAUUUAACUUAUGGCGGGAGAUAUGCUUACUAGAAAAUGGCUGCUGCUCUAUAAUCACUGCUAUGUAUUUGAUUAAAUAAAACCUUACCCACCUGUUAAAAGCAAAUUGUGCCAACUGUCUUAUCACACACACUGUAUCUCUUCUUACAUAUUGUUAUAUGUUUUGUUCAGUUUUCAUCACAAACCAAAUGAUCAGAAACCCUACACUUACUGAUUUUUGCCUAGCAACCUGAAAAAUAAAUGUAUAAUGCUGCAUUUUGAUAAUGUGUUAAUAUUCUAAACAAUAUUCUAGUCAACCUUUUUUGUUUGUGUUUGAAUAAGUACCUGUUAAAAACAAAUAAUAGCGCUAUAUCUUGUACUCCCAGAUGAAAAAAAAAAUUCUCACAUUUCUCAAGCUUUCUUAUAUAGAAAAUGUAUUUUUUUAACACAAGUUUCCAUUCCAGUCUAUGAUUUUUUUAUUACUUUUCACUGCUCGAAAUAAGAAAAAACAGUCCGCAAAACUCGAUCUCAUCUUGUUUCAAUAUCAGCCUGGGGCUGCCACCUGUUCCAUCUGCAGUCUACAAUCCAAUCUGCAACCAAAAGUCAAAGAUUGCCUUGAUUUAUCACUUUUUCUAUAAUUGCAACAUAUAAAUUAAUUCACCUGCACCCAAUAUUUUCCUGCUAAUUUAACCCAGUCCUCUGUACUGCCUACAUGUUUAUGUUUUCUGCAGUGCAGGAGUAAAACCUACCUUUUGCGUCCUUUACAUUGGCUGCCAAUUAGAUCACUUCCUCCAUCAGUGUAACUUGGGCAGAUCAUGUUCUGACAGUCCAGAAUUCUAACUAGGGCUGACGGAGAUCCAAUGAUAUUGGUCUACUCCUGAAGAGGACUGAUUUCAAGUCACUAUCAAGUCUGCAGUGGCAGGUGGAAACAUGGUGUUUUACAUCACAAUAAAUGAUCAUACAAUAAAAAAUAUAAUGUGAAUGUCAUAUGCAUCUUGACUAGAACUUCUCAUUUCUGGUGAGAUCUACAGGGACAGUUCACUUAUUGUCCUGCAUAAAAAAAAGAAAAUAUGAAUCUACUGUUGCUAAACUGGGACAAACAAGUUUUAGUAUCUGUUAACACAUCAGUAAAUAAAGAUAUGAAACCACUGUUUAUUUUAUUCUUUUUGAUGUACAGAUGUGAUACAAUUGCUUCUUAUAAUAUGCCCUCCACGGAAUCAAC